AUGACCUUCGUGAACGAGCAAGGCCUGGAGAUCCACGUGAGAACGCAGCACAGCAGUGCAAAGAUGUCCAACGGCGUGCGGCUGCGGCGCAUGUUACGGAAGGAUGUCGGAGGGAGUGUCCUGCCGUGGGACGCUCAUGGAGGGCACAUCUCUCAACCCCAGACCGACGAGCUAGCUCUUCUGGACGACGACGACAGCAUGGACCCACAAGACCCGGAGGAUGAGAUACAGGGAAUGGAGAUCCCGGCAGGCUUUCAUAUUCAAGAAGCUAAACCCGUUGUUCUUGAAAGAUUGCUUUUGCGGCGUGGAGUGCUCGUUAGGCUGGGCAUGGGGUGGUUUGGAGGGCUGAUCACUCAACAAUCUCAGAAGGAUAUUCGCCACCUGUACGACUACUGUGUGCAACUGGAGCUACACCAGAGUACGCGCAAGAUGAAGUUGCCCUUAGACAAGUACAGUGGAGAUUCGGAUGCGGCUGUAGGCUCCUGGGUUUUGCUUGAGAGCAUUAGUAGAUCAGGAAGGGUACGCAGGACCAACGUCACCCUUGUGGACCAAGAAGGUUGA